GCCAUGGCGAAUAAACAAGGACAAUAUUGGACGCACAGUUUAUCUGCAGGUGAAUAUCCAGAAUAUCAGUGGAACGAAAGCCACGUUCAACCGGGCAUUCAACCUUAUCUUCCUCAGUUCAUGUUUCCACCACCGCAGGCAUCACAGUUCAGCCAUGAAACAGUCAGAUCAGUAUCACCUCAGCCUGGUCCAAGUUUUUCUUCUUUGGAAACAGCUGCAGCCACGUUCAGUCAGUCGCGUGAAGGCACCGAAGGCGAAUCGAGAGCUCUUGUACGCUGGUCUAGAGCUGAUGUGCUGUUGUUAAUUUCCUGCUAUGUCGAACGCAGAGAACGAUUUAAAGAUAUAAACAAAAAGAACAAGUCCCUGUGGGAAGAAAUCAGCGAAGAAUUAAAGAAGAACGGAGUGUUCUUUAAUGCCAAGGCGUGUGAGACGAAAUUGAAAAAUCUGAAGAGAAGUUAUGUUGCUUGUGUUGAUCACAACAAAGUCAGCGGAAAUGACCGAAAGAAAUGCAACUUCUAUGACGAACUUCACGAAAUAUUUUCGAAAGAUGAUGCCAUCGCUCCAAAAACAUUGUGCAGCAACAUUGAUGGUAAACGGAGCAAAGAUGCAGUCAAGAGUGUUAAAAAUUCCAGUUCCACAUUGAGUUCCACAGGUAGUGACACAGAGGAGCCUGUGGUUACAAAAGCAAAGAAAAAGAAGUUACCAGAGCGGAAGAAAAGAGAAGACCUCGUUGGGCUCUUUAAGGAAUUUACACAAGACAGGAAAGAGGAAGAAAAGGAAAAGAUUAAAAAGUUUGAAAAUAUGCACAAUGAACGCAUGGCACUCAUCGGCCGAUUUUUGAAUGUUUUUGAAAAAUCAUUGAACAAAGAGUAACCUUGAUUCCAUAAUUUUUUAUUGUGUUGCAGAACAUGGGAUUAUUUGACCACAAACAUGAACAUAGAUACAGUAAACCUGAGUUUGUUGUCAGUAUUGAGUUAUCUAAAAGUUUAUUAUAUCAUACAUGU